CUUCACUUAAUCUCUCUCCCAGUUGCCCAGUGGGACAGUUGGGUCUCAGCAUCUCCAGCAGCUCCAUCAAACUACAAGCCAACCAACCAGCCAACCAGCCAUGAGCAAGUCCUUCUCCUCCACAAGCCAGAGUGCCUCUUCCUACCGCCGUACCUUUGGCUCAGGCAUCGGUUCAUCCCCAAUGUCUUCCCUCUUCACCUCUGGAGGAGGCCGCAGCUCCUCUGCUGCCAGCCAUAUGUCUAGCCGAGUCUACGAGGUCAAGAGCAGUGGUACGCCCUCCUACUCCAGCUACAGGAUGUCUGGUGGUGCUGGAGGAGCAGGGUUCGGCUCCUCUACAGCCAUGCGCACUUAUGCAGGUGAGAAACUUGACUUCAACCUAGCCGAUGCCAUGAACCAGGACUUCCUCAACACAAGGACCAAUGAGAAGGCCGAGCUUCAGCAUCUCAACGACCGCUUUGCCAGCUACAUCGAGAAGGUUCGUUUCCUGGAGCAGCAGAAUGCGGCGCUGACCGUGGAGAUUGAGAAGCUGAGGGGCCGCGAGGGGCCCGGGCGUGUGGCUGAUUUGUAUGAGGAGGAAAUGAGGGAGCUGAGGAGGCAAAUAGAGAGCCUCUCCAACCAGCGUGCCCGAGUGGAGGUGGAGAGAGACAACCUGGCUGAUGACCUGCAGAAAAUUAAGCUGAGACUGCAGGAGGAGAUUCACCAGAAGGAAGAGGCAGAGAACAACCUGUCCGCCUUCAGAGCCGAUGUUGACAAUGCCACUCUGGCCAGGCUGGACCUGGAGAGACGCAUUGAGAGUCUGCAAGAAGAAAUUGCCUUCCUCAAGAAGAUCCAUGAAGAGGAGAUCCGUGAGCUGCAGAGCCAGAUGCAGGACACUCAGGUGCAGGUCCAGAUGGACAUGUCUAAACCUGACCUGACUGCUGCUCUGAGAGAUAUCCGCAUGCAGUAUGAGGGCAUCGCUGCCAAGAACAUUGCAGAGGCUGAAGACUGGUACAAGUCUAAGGUCUCUGAUCUGAACCAGGCUGUGAACAAGAACAAUGAUGCACUGCGUCAGGCCAAACAGGAGAGCAUGGAGUACAGGCACCAGAUCCAGUCCUACACCUGUGAGAUCGACUCACUCAAGGGCACUAAUGAGUCUCUGCUCCGCCAGAUGAGAGAUAUGGAGGAUCGCAUGACUCGUGAGGCUUCUGGUUACCAGGAUACCAUCACACGGCUGGAGGAAGACAUCGCCAAGAUGAAGGACGACAUGGCCCGUCACCUGAGGGAGUACCAGGACCUGCUCAAUGUUAAGAUGGCCCUUGAUAUUGAAAUUGCCACUUACCGCAAGCUGCUGGAGGGAGAGGAGAGCAGGAUCACCACCAAUGUGCCUGCCCAGUCUGCUUAUUCUAUUGGAUUCAGAGAGACGAGUCCUGAGUCCCAGCACCAGCGCUCCUCAGAGGUUCACUCCAAGAAGACUGUUCUCAUCAAGACCAUCGAGACCCGCGAUGGAGAGGUUGUCAGUGAGUCUACACAGCACCAGCAAGACAUCAUGUAAACAGGAGGAGGCGACAUGAGACAGUUCAUUGAAUAAAUGAAUAAAAAAUACUUCUAAAAUUGACACUUUCCUACCACUACUACAGUAAAGCGAACUGAGCAUAUUUUUAGAUACAGAAUGCUGACAGUUCCAGCUGAUUUAAAUGGAAAACAUAACAUCAAGUGAAUGCAAUCAGUAUACAUUUUUACACAAUGUAUAAAUUAUAGUACUAAAACAUGAUAGAUGCAGUAUGGAGGCACAAUGCACUUCCUUUGGCCUGGUUCAAAAUAAAGGGCAUUCCAGGAAUUAUCCUCUUUUUGUGUUACUUCUCUCAAAAACAUCAGGACUUGUUAGUGAUUUCUUGUCUGCAAAAGUACUUCAAAGGCAAGAGAAGAGAUUCAAAUGAACAACAAGGCUUCAGUGUUGCCAUAGUGGUCCAGCAUCCACAGGAAAGCUUAACAUGUCAAUGGGCCUGAAAAACCGUGGUCAAAAGUGAUAUUAUAAGGGGAACCUUGCACAUAUUCCAAGUUUUGUUUGUGCAAAUGUACUUGAUAAAGGAUGGCUUAUAUCUGUGUAACUGAUUAAAGGAAAGUGGGGAGGGUGGUCAUAAAGGUUUGAAAAAUGCCAGAAACAUCAGCUCUAAAAAAUAAUGACUAAGUCAUGUUUGACCCUUUGAGCUCAGUCAUGAGCUGAUGUUUAAUUGUAUGUGUAUAGGAGGUGACCAUGUUAUGCUGCUUCACUAUGCCUAAAAAGUAAAAUAAAGACAUUUGUUAUCACCAUUUAUCA